UGACUUGUGUUUGUGUACAGAUGCUCCUUCAUGUGUGAUGAUCUACACCAGAAACGAGGUGGAGUUCACAGUUAAAAACACUCUGAUCUGUCAUGUGACUGGUUUCUAUCCUGCUCCUGUCAAAGUCUCCUGGACCAAGAACGGACGGAUUACAACUGGAGGAUCCAGCAUCAACAAUCCCUAUCCCAACAAAAAUGGAACCUUCACCCAGAUCGCCAGACUGAAGUUAUCCUACAGCUGUACAGUGGAACAUCUGGCUCUGACCGACCCACUGACCAAGACCUAUAAUGUGGAGACACCUGAGACACCUGAGACACCUAAGCCCAGUGUUGGACCUGCAGUGUUCUGUGCAGUCGCUGUGAUUAUCGGCUUACUCAGUGCUGCAGGUGGAACCUUCUUCAUCUUGAAAGCAAACAAAUGUAUCUGAUUGGCUGGGGUUGAUGAUGUCAUCAGUUCUUGUGUUGACAAUGUCGUUUAAGGCUGCUGCUCUGCUCUCUGAUCUUCAUUCAUGUGACCCUGGCUGUGUUUACAUGGAACAUUACGUUCACUUUAUUUUCACACUAUUAAACAGAUUCAGUUUAAAAUGCCAGACAAAAUAAAAAUGACAAGUGAUAUUAAUCAAUCGGAUAGUAUGACCAAGUAACCUGCUGGCUAAGCUGGUGUUGUGAAACAACCCAUCUGUCUUUGCUAUCUUUGACUAUCUUUGCUGUCAGUUCCAUGUAUAUGAUUCAGACAGAUGUAAAUAAACCUGAAUUUGAAAUAAAUCCUCACCUGUAAACAUGA